UUUACUUUAAUAUUUUUUGUUUGCCGCAACAUCAAGUUUUAUAGAAAUCGAUGAAAUAGUAUUAAAAAUAUGGAACAAGUUAAAAAACAAUUGCUGCAAGCGUCAAUAAACUAUGGUUCUAUGCCUAUGGAUACUGUCAAAACUAUUGUUUUCGCGCUUUGUGAUGCAUACGAUCUUCAUCAACCUACCGAAUUGAAUGCUAUAAAAGGAAUAAUUGUUGAAAUCGAUACAGAAAUACGAAAAUAUGAUCAGACAUUACAAUUUGUUAAACAUCCAUUGAAUGGUCAAGAAUAUUUGGUAUUUGCUCUAUUGUUAACCAAUCAGGCUUGUAAAUUUCAACCAAAUUAUACUGAUACUGAACGAAAAUAUUUCUACAAACUCUUAGAAACUUUGGCAAGUAGUGAUGAUUAUGGUAUUGAAUGGAAUAAUAUAUACACCGUAGCCAAUCAAUUACCAGCAAAUGCUCAACAUCCGUUAUCGAAAGAACGUAUACAAGAACUGGAGAACAUCUGGGUGUCUCAAGGCUAUUUUUUGGCGGUUGAAGAUAAAAUUUACUUCGGUCCUCGUACUAUGCUUGAGUAUGGCAAAUAUUUAAAAAAUAAUUUUUCAGAUGUUAUUACCGAUUGUGUUUUAUGCAAUAAAAUUGUUUACUGGGAUGUAAAAUGUUCAGAAUGUGAAGUAAAGCUUCAUCGCGAUUGUAUACGAAAAUAUUUAAUAAAAAAGUCUACAUGUCCUAGUUGCAAAAAGACUUGGAACACUCGUUUAAGUUUAUAAUAAUUUAUUAUUACUCACUUUAUUUUAUGUUAUAUUUCGAGUUCAAAUAAAAAUAUAUGUACAGAAUUUUAAUAAAAAAAAA